AUUAUUAUUAUUGUUAUCAGUAAUGGUGAAAAAUUUAUCCCAGUGAAUGGUUAGAAACAUCAAAAGUUUGUUAAUAACAAGUAAUUUGUUUACUCGGUCAUUGUUUGUUAUUGUUAAUAAAAAUAAAAAUAAAAAUAAACUUGAUAAUCAUCAUUGAAGAUAAUUCAAAUACGUAAAAUUGGACACAAGACAAGGCCAUUAAAUGGUCUUUCGACAUGAAAGUAUUAAUUUCCUGGUGCAAGGAAGUAUUUAAAAAUUAAAAAAUAAAUGAAUAUUUAAAAAAAAGUAUCAUAGUUUGAAAUAAAAAAAAAUAUAUACAAAUUAAAAAGUCAUUGAGCCAUGCAAAAUUGGAAUCAAUGGCAGCAGUUACCAACAGCCUCGGCCACUGGCUCACAAGUGCCACAACCACCAUCAACACCAGGUUAUCCAGCUGGAGGAGCGGAUCCAAUGACAACAAUGCAAGCUUAUAUGCAAUAUUAUAAUCAACCAGCACCAAGUGGAUAUACAGCUGAACAGUGGACAGCCGCACAACAACAAAAUUGGUUACAAUGGCAACAGUGGCAACAACAGUAUCAACAAUGGCAAGCUCAGUAUGGUUCAAAGUAUCAAAAUGCAAUGAAACAAUUGGAAGCAAAUACAAGUGGAGUACCACCAGUACCAACAGCUCAACCACCACCACCAUUACCAAAAGAGGAUUCAUCAAUAAAACCUCCUUUACCACCUGAUUCAUCAUCAUAUUCACAAAAAUAUGGAAAUAAUAGUAAUUUACCAUUACCACAUCAAAAUAAUUUACCUUUAUAUCCUACAAAAACAACAAGUAAUCCACCAUUACCACCAGAUCAACCACCACCACCACCUGGUAAUCCACCAAAUGAUAAUAUUAGUGGUAAUAAAAGAACAGCCAGUAAUGAUAUUGUUACAAAUAGUUCAAAAAAAUCAAAAAAUGAAGAAGAAGAACUUACUGAAGCUGAAAAAACAUUUGAUGAACAGUUUAAACAAUGGGAAGAACAAUUUAAUAAAUGGAAACAACAAAAUGCUAAUCAUCCAGAUAAGGUUCAAUACAAGCAGUAUGAAGCAAAGUGGACAUCAUGGCGUGAAAAGUUAAUUGAACGUAGAGAACAAAUGAGAAAAAAACGUGAAGCACAAAGAGCUAAAGCUGAAGCAGAAAAGAAAAAAAAUUUACAAGGUGGUGAAAAUAUAUUAAAUAUUUUAUCAACAACUGAGAAUGCAGGUUUGUUAAAUAAUUUAUUGGGUAUUGGAAAAACUCUUGGAUUAACUGGUAAGGAAGCAGAAAAUAAACAAUCAACACAGCAACAACAACAACAACAACCAGCAGCAACAACAACAACAACAACAACAACUGAAGCUAAUAUGCAAAAUACACCGAUGGGAAUAUCUGGUGUACCACCAACAAUGACAUCAGAUAUGAAUCAACAUGCAUGGGCAGCACAACAAUGGGCAGCACAAUAUAAUAUGGUUAAUAUGUCAAUGCCAGCAUAUUCAACAUUUCAAACACCAAUGGUACCACCACCAAUAGUACCACCAUCAACUGGUAUUCAACAAAAUACAAAUGUAGCUGAUUUUAAUCAACCACCACCACCAAAUUUCACACAACCACCUCCUGGUUUUCCAGUUAAUUCAAUGUUUAAUAAUAAUAAUUCUGGAUUACAAGAUGUUAAAAAUACACAAGAUCAAAAUAAACCACCGUAUCAAUCUGAUAAUGAUUUUUCAAAAUCAUCAUAUCAAAAAGAUACGUAUGAUCAAUCUGAUAAUAGCAAUAAAUUUAACAAUCAAUUUGAUUCAGAUGAUAGACGUCGUAUGUCUUCGUCAAAUGAUAGAUACAGAGGUAAUAAUGAUUCAUUUAAUCGUGAUGGUCCUGGUAGAAUGGAUAAUGACUCAGGAAAUAAUAAUAAUAAUAGAAACAACAACAACUUUUCAAAUGAUCGAUAUAAUAAUCAACGAGAUAGAUCACAAAAUCGUGACUUUGGUGGUAAUAAUCGUGGUAAUUUUGGUAAUGAUAAUCGUAAUGAUUCAUUUGAUAAUAGAGAUAAUUUUGGUGGUAAUAGAUCAAUGAAUGAUGAUCAUUUUAAUAGAAAUGAUAGAAAUCGAUUUGAUGAACCAAGUCGUUUUGAUGAACAAAAUCGUUUUGGUGGUGAUAGAAAUGAUAGAAAUUUUAAUCGUAAUAGAUCAAAUGAUCGUUUUGGUAAUGAUAAUAAUCGUUUUAAUAAUGAUGAUAAUAAUGAUCGUUUUAAUAUGUCAUCUGAUAGAUUUGGAUCAUCAGCAAAUAAAUUUGAUUCUGGUAAUUCAAAUCAACAAGAUCGAUGGAAUAAAGAUAAUUCAAAUGUCAAUCGUGGUUCUGGUAGGACAAGUAGAUUUGAACAAAAACAACAAAAUGAUGAUAUUACACCAGAAAUACAAAAAUUAAUGGAAAAAAGACGUGCUGCUGGUGAUGUUUUUAAGCCAUCAUUUGGUAAUUUUUCAACUGUUGAUGAACCUAAAAAUAAUGCUGCUGGAUCACUUGGUGAAACAUUUAGAAAAAUUGCUGGUGAUCCACCAUUUUUACCAAGAGAACGUCCUGAUUUUGGUAGAAAAUCACCAGGAAGACAUUCUUUUGGACCUGGUUCUGAUUCAAAUAGAUUUCGUGGUGGUGAUGAUGACUCACAAAGUCGUGAUGUUGAUUCAUUUCGUUCAUCUGGUCCUGGUAAUUUUCGUUCAUCUGAUAAUUUUUCUCAUUCAAGUCCAAUUGUUGAUAAUUCACGAUCAAGAAGAUCAAGAACUGAUGAUUUUCGUCCAGGUAAUUUUGGUCGUGAUAUGGAACAUCAAGAUAGAUUUCAAAGUAAAAUUCCUCCUCUUGAAAUACCACCAUGGAUGGAUUCACAACUUAUGCCCAGUUUAUUGAGUGGAAAAAAUUCUGAAUUUGGUGGUUCUCAGCUAUCUGAAAAUACAAAUAAAUUUUCGGACAGAGAUACUGAUGAUAGAAAAAAUAAAAAAGAUACAGAUAAACUUACACCAUCAUUAUUGGAUUCUCAAAAUAUCAUUCAGCCAUUUGAUGUGCCCAGAAAAUCUGAUGAUUUGCCAUUUAUGGGUAAAAAUGAUCCAAAGCCUGAGGAUUUAAAUAUGGAACCACCACCUGAAUUACCAAAUCUGGGUCCAAUUAAACCACCACCUCUUCUUGCACGUGAUGAUAAUAUUCUACCAUUUGAUAAUCGAUCUCGUGACAGCUUAAACAAUCGUCCAGGUCUUCUUGAAACUCCUUUUGGAAAUCGUAGUAUGCCACCAGUCGUCAGUCAAGGAACAAGAGAACUUGGUCCUGCAUUUGAAGUUUUUAAUACAAGAAAUAAUGAUUUACCAGUUGGUAAUUUUGGACCAAGAGAUGCUGGACCAGGACGUGAUUUACCUUUCAACUUUGGUGCUCGUGGUCCAGGAAGUUGUGGACCCCGUGAUUUAGAUGAUUUUGGACCAAGAGGUCUUGAUAAUUUUGGCCCUGGUGGUCCUGACAAUUUUGGCCCUCGUGGACCUGACAAUUUCGGCCCUCGUGGCCCUGAUAAUUUUGGCCCUCGUGGUCCUGAUAAUUUUGGUCCUCGUGGACUCGAUAAUUUUGGACCUCGUGGUCCUGAUGAUUUUGGUCCAUGUGGCCCUGAUAACUUUGGACCUCGUGGCCCUGACAACUUUGGACCUCGUGGUCCUGAUGAUUUUGGUCCUCGUGGCCCCAACAAUUUUGGACCUCGUGGUCCCGACAACUUUGGACCUUGUGGACCUGAUGAUUUUGGUUCUCGUGGCCCUGAUAAUUUUGGCCCUCGUGGACCUGAUAACUUUGGCCCUCGUGGACCUGAUAAUUUUGGUCCUCGUGGCCCUGAUAAUUUUGGUCCCCGUGGACCUGACAAUUUCGGACCUUGUGGCCCUGAUGACUUUGGUCCUCGUGGUCCUGAUAAUUUUGGUCCCCGUGGACCUGAUAACUUUGGACCACGCGGGCCUGAUGAUUUUGGCCCUCGUAAUCUUGAUAAUUUUGGACCCCGUGGUCCUGAUGAUAUUGGACCACGUGGAAUUGAUAAUUUCCCACCUUUUGGUCCACGUGGACCUGACAAUUUUAAUCGACAAGAACCAAAUAAUUUUGGACCAUGCGGACCUGAUAAUUUUGGUCCUCGUGAUUUUCCUGAUCGUCCUUUUGGACCUCCUGAUGUCCACCCACUUCGUGGACCAGAUGAUUUACCAUUAAAUCGUGAAUCAAAUAUGUCAAAUAAUACUCCAAAUGGACCUCGAGGAUCUAUACCCUCACUUUUAUCAUUUAAAAUUGAACCACCACCUAUUUUGCCAGAUGCAUUGAUUGAUAAUAACAGUAUGGAUAGACAACCCAUGAGACCAAGAAGAGAUGAACUUGAUAGACCACCAAUUGAUAUUAAUCCGGUGGAAAAAAAUGUAAGACCACCAUUAUUACCUGAUCCACGAGAUUUUCCAAGUCAUAUUGAUCUUGAUCGUGAUAUUGGUAGAUCACCACUUUUGCCAAAUCGUGGAUGUGAUGAUAGAAUGUUUAGACGACCAGAUCAAAGUAUUAUAUCAGGUAAACCACCAAUUGAUAAUAUUUUACCACCAAUGGAUUAUCAAGAUAAUGAAUUUUCAAGACGUCCAGAUGGUCAUAGACGAGAAGAACCAACGCGUAAUUUUUGUGCUGGUAAACAAUUUGAUUAUAAUCAUGGUGCUAGAGCUGAAGUACUUGAUCAUUAUGUACCUUCAAAAGUCAUUGAUUAUGGUCAUGUUAGAAUACCAACAAUGCAAGAUUAUAGAAUAUUACCAUCUCAAUCAUUUGAUUAUGCACAUGGUACUAUUAAACCAAUUGUUCCUGAACAUAAAAUUUAUCCAAAAAUAGAUUUUAAUUAUUGGCUUGAUAAUGAGCAUAAUGUUAAUGAAUAUAAUGAAGGAAUGAGAAUGUAUCAAGCACGUAAAAUAGCAAUUAUUGAAGAAAGAGCAAGAAUGGCUGAAUGGCAAGAAGAAAAACGACGUUAUGAAGAAAAAAUGCGUUAUGAUGAACUAAAAAGAUAUGAUAAUAGACCAUCACCUUGGGAAAGAGAAUCAAGAGAUUCAAGAAGACGUCAAAGGAAUGAUGAUUCUCGUGACUACAAAAGACAUCAAGAUUGGCGAGAUUCUAGGAAUCAUGAUUUUCCACGUGAUAGAUCAGAGGGUAGAGGAAGAGACAGAUCAAGAGAUAAUGAUUACAACAGAAAUCGUGAUGAUAACUUUAAAAAAAAUGAAGACAGGACACGUGAUAAAUCUGAUAGAACAAGGCGAAAUGCACUUGACUUUAACAAAGAUGAAGAAAGAUCUCAAGGAAAUAUUGGCAGACAGGAAAAUACAACAAAAACAUCAAUCGACACGUCUUCUCAUGAAUCCAGUGAUAAAAAUGAUAAAACUGUUGUCGAAUCAUCAAACACAAUGGAUGUCGUUAGACCGUCAAAUUACACGAUGGUUGAGGAUUUACUUUGUUCACCUGGACGACAGAAUAGACCACAAAAAAUUGUGAUUAUUCUUCGAGGACCACCUGGAGGUGGAAAAUCAUUUAUUGCUAAAUUAAUCAAGGAUAAAGAAAUGGAACAGGGUGGAUCAGCACCAAGAAUUCUUAGUCUUGAUGAUUAUUUUUUGACAGAAAAAGACGUAGAGAGUAAAGAUGACAAUGGAAAAAAAAUAAUAAACAAGGAAAUGGUUUACGAGUAUGAAGAAGCCAUGGAAUCAAGUUACAUAACAUCUUUGAUAAAAGCAUUUAAAAAAAAUGUAACAGAUGGAUUUUUUAAUUUUAUUAUUCUCGAUAGCAUCAACGAGAAAAUAUCAGAUUACGAAGAAAUGUGGAAUUUUGCAAAGACAAAAGGUUUCAAGGUUUACGUUUGUGAAAUGGAAAUGGACAGUCAAAUUUGCAUUAAACGAAAUAUUCAUGGACGCACAGAUGAAGAAAUAAAUAGAAUUGUUGAUUAUUUUGAACCAACACCAAAUUAUCAUCAAAAAUUGGAUGUUACAUCAUUACUACAAGAACAAGCAAUUCAAGAUGUUCAUAUGGAAGAGGCUGAAAUUGAAAAAGACGAAGCUAAAACAAAUGAUGGAAAUGACGAUAGUCAAGAUAAUUUUGAAACAUCUAUUGUUAGCAAAUGGGAGAUAAUGGAGUCAGAUAAUAAAUUAGAUCGUUUGGACGGUUUGGCUAAACGUAAAAAUGAUACAAUUCCACAAACAAUGGAAGAUUUUCUUCAAGUACCAGAUUAUUAUAAUUCUGAAAAUACUUCUGGUAAAAGACGAGUAAGAUGGGCUGAUUUAGAGGAAAAAAAAGAGCAAGAAAAAAUGCGGGCUAUGGGUUUUGUCAUUGGACAUACAAAUUGGGAUCGCAUGAUGGAUCCUACUGGUGGCAGUAGUGCACUUACCAAGACCAAGUAUAUUUAAAAUAACGCAUGUUUUUUUUUUUUUUUUUUCUUUCUUUUAUAAUUUUUAAUUGAUCAAGGAUGUUCGUUUUUUCUUUACGUUUAUUUUCUAUUUUUACAUGAUUGUCAUGUAUUAUUAUUUUAAAUUAAUUGUUCAUCGUAAAUGGUGUUUAAAUAUUAAGAUUAAAGUAUACAAUAAAUUGUUUUACAAAAACAAAAUGAGAUAAUUUAUUAAUUUAAUUAAAUUCGAAGAUAAUUUUAUUAAAUUCGAAAAAUAUUAUAAUUAUGAUCAGUACGAUCGCGCAAGCGCGUAUUUUCGUAAGUCAUAAUAAUUGUUCAUCAGAUAUUUAGUAAUUAUUCAUAAUUAAUUGUUCAAUAAUUAAAUAUAUAAUUUUUAUAUUUAUAAUUAUAUUUAUUUCGCUUGGUUAUUACGCAGGAUUAAAUUUAUUAUUUAUUUUUAUAAUCGGAAAUUUUAAUUUGGAUUAUAAAUCCAAUUUUAAAAUUAUUGUUAAAAAAAAUUAUUAGUUUGUGGCAUUGUGUGUAAGAAAUUCCGUUUUCGAGGACAAUUUACAAAUUUUCAUAUAUAAAACGCUUUUGUGUCUUAUCGUGGAUGAAUUUUAAUUAAAAAAAAAAAUAUAAUAUUCAGGGUCGCUCGGUUUUUUGUUGCAGUAAAUAUCGAUGUAAUAAUUAAAUUAAUUCGAUCAUUAAUAAUUUUAGAUAAAUCAGAUUAAUUCCGUCGAAAAUAAUUAAAUUUGCGUAAAUAAUAUUCACCUCAUUUAGAAAGUUCAGAAUAGUUGUUGUCGAAUUUCAUCCUUCAAUUCAAGAACUGCACUGCUGACUGUCUAAAUAUUUUCCAAUGAUUAACAUCUGUCAUCUUUAUCCAUUUGAGUUAUUUUUUUAUUUUCUAUCUGUAACAACUUAUUAAAGACAUAUUUCACAGUUAUUACGCGAAUAAGGGACUUCGAAAUGGGCAUUUUUGUAUAUGCAAUUUGGGAAGCAGGAUUAAUAUAUUAUAUAUUAUCUUAAUUUAAUUAAAUAAAACUUAAAAUU